AAUUCAGUCGCACUGCACCGGCGAGUAGCAGCACCAGCCGCCGUGUAACAUGAGUCAUUGUUACGAUUUCGCGCAGAUAUUGCCAUCUCCGGCAUAUUAUCUGGGGGGCGCAACCCCUUACGGAGGGGGGGUGGGGUGAGUGAGCAUGCGUGGCGCGCGCGGGGUCCUCGCUGUUGCCGAUGACUCGGUGCUUGUUUUCAGGCCCGCAGGGAGUUUGCACGGGGCGAAAGGUUGGGCGAGCCGAGCCUGAAAACGACUCCGCAACCGUCACCAGCCGUCUGGCCACUGCUCAGGUACGACCUCCGCGGGACCCCGCUGCACCCUCAGGGUCGGGAAGGCCGCUCCCGCAGAUCAACAACAAAAAAUGUGCAGCAGCUAAAACGGCAGCCAGCAGAGUUAGUUGAUCGGCAAACAGCGUGAGAGUGUGAAAAUGACUUCUCGUUCCAAGGAGCGUGUGACCGCCGCCAUUCGCCGUAUUUUCCGCACCACCCCCGAGCGGAACGACAGCCCCAGCUCGCCCCUGAAGGCCGUGCCUAAAACGCAGAAUGGACCGGCGGCCGUCGCGGCCAACAACAGCCCGAUGGCCUCUCCGGCAAGACGCCUCCUCCGGUGCCGAGACGCCGUCUCGCCGGCGGCCAACCUCGAUCUUGUGGCCAAUGCAGGUGUUGUGCCGCAGCAGCCAAGCAAGUCAUCCAGACUCCAAUUUCCUGGUGCAAGUUUCUUCAAGAGCAAGAGAAAAACAGCCGAGCCCAAAGCGACCGCCUCGUCACCCUCCUCUUCCGGCUCUAGUUCGUCCUCUUCCAAACCCCCUAGUCAUCCGUCUGAACAGGCAGCUGGUCACGGCAAAGCCGUCAGGACCAAGAGACUAAUGAAGGAACUGAAGGAGAUCCAGCGGCUGCAGAAGUCGAGUCAGACGCCGAGCUUCACCGCCGAACUGGUGAACGACAACCUGUACGAGUGGCACGUGCGCCUCUACGCCAUCGACCCUGAGAGCGACCUGUCACGCGACAUGCGAGAGCACGGCCUCAACCAUAUCCUGAUCAGCUUCACCUUCCCCGAUAACUUCCCGUUCGCACCACCCUUCAUGAGGGUGGUCACGCCGCGCAUCGAGAAGGGUUUCGUCAUGGAGGGCGGCGCCAUCUGCAUGGAGCUGCUCACGCCGCGCGGCUGGGCCAGCGCCUACACUGUUGAGGCCAUCGUCAUGCAGUUUGCGGCUAGCAUAGUCAAAGGACAGGGUCGCAUCGCGCGAAAGCCGAAAGGCAGCAAGGAUUUCACGCGACGCACUGCUGAGGAGAGUUUCCGCAGCUUGGUGAAGACGCACGAGAAGUACGGCUGGGUCACCCCGCCCCUGGCCGACGGCUAGACUGUGACGGCUGCGUGCGACUAAAGACAUUCCAUGCCACCAAAACAAUCGCACUUGUUUAGUGAUCAUUACAUCACAUCACACACCACAUCAUGCAUUGUGAAUUUACUCCUCAAUCGGCCUCCACGGUACGGAUCUCAAUAAGCAGCGCGUUCCAACUCGAACGAAGUUGAAGUUCGAAACGUCUAUUUCACAUCACACUAUGUGUGACUUGAGGACUGCUCGGAAAAUCGGCCUCUCACGAGGGAAAGGUUAUUCGUUUUCCAGGGUGGAAAUACACAUACAGAAAAAUUAUUUUCUCUUGCCUUAAAGAUACAAGAAGCUGGAUGAAGUUGGAAUUAAGACGAAACUUUUUAUUUCCAAAAAUCAAUUCUUCUAUUCCGAAAUAAUUUUUUUAUACUCUUGAAAUCGAACAAAAAAUUGACAAAAAUAAUUAAUUAUGACACUUCUUGUCCCUGAUUCUGCUUGAAAAAAUGGAUAAUCUAAGAAGGAAACGGUUUGAAACAGGCAGCUGAGCAUACACAGUGGCCUUCUUUCAGUCGAUAAUUCCUAGAAUUAUGCAUAUUCUUUCAAUUGUUUUUAUUUUCUGUCAUUAAAUUUUGAUCUUUCGCAUAAAGGAAAUUUUUGGAAAUUAAGAAAAAGGGGACAAACAUUUUUUGCUUUUUUCAAAUUUCCAAGAGAAAUUAGUGUAAAAAACAUGGGCUUCGUUGUUGUGUAUUUGGUGUCGUCCUUGCACAACCCGAACAAGGUCAAAACGCGUGUUUAUAGUAUAGACACGGUAAUUAAGAGCGUGAUUAGCGAGUAUGCAGCCGGCACGACACCAGCGUCGCCCCGGCUGCAUACCCGCGUCGAGUUUCCUCCUCUCUCGUGUGCGAAAACGGGCCAAUUAUUUUGCGUGCAAUCCGAGCUGCGCAGCGGGAUUUAGCGACGUCACUAAAACGAGCAGUCUGCGUGGCGGCGGACUGGCUAGGUUUAUAAAAAAAAGACAGUGUAUAGUAGGAAGCAGGCGAUCGAGUCACCCUCCUGAUGACAACGCGCGACAAGAGAUAUUUAAUUACAUUGUUAUGUGCUCAAAUAUACACAAACACACAAACCACCCUAACCAAACCACCCACUCAAGUCCAGAAUGUUGCAUGUGUCACGUGUUGUGUCCCGAUUCAAGUACGCGUUGUUAUCGAAUUACUCCACUCAUUAGCAGAGCGCAGUACAGUCAUAAACAUGCUGCUUUGGAAUUCUCUCCGCCGCGGGUUUUUACACACAUUUUUGCCAUUUUUAUCCGUGUACGAAAUUUGGCAGCAGCGCACCAUAUUGAUUGCAACAAACACACAAACAAAAUUAGCAGUAAAGAGUGAGAUUUUUAAAGUUAGGCCGUUAUUAUCGCUUGGAAUUAAUCUUUGAAAUCGAAUUAUAUUAUAAAUAUUUCGGUCACGAAAACGACAACACUGAAGAGAGCUUUCGGGUUUGACGCGCAAGCUAUUUACCUGAAGUAGUUGAUUUUAUAAUUACUAAAUUAUAAUAUAUUGAACUUAUUACGGAAAAAAUAUUGAAAAAAAUAUCAUUAGCUGGGUAUUGUUUUGUCUUUAGUAAAGUGGCUGUGAAACGUUUUUUCGUUCCGGUUGAAAAUAUUUGAGAGGAAGCUAAAAAUUAGUUCUCGUGUGUGUCUGUACGUAUAUUUAUCCGUCCCGUUCAGAGGUUUGUUAUACAAUACCGAUCGUUUGGGCACGAAACACUCAAACCCAUGCCAAAAAUUUAAUGCAGGCCGAUCGAGAAAUAUUAAAAUUUUUCAUUCUAGCGAUGAGACACCAGAAUUUCAAACAAAAAUGGAAUGACAUCUUGUUAACUUAAUAUGUACGCUAAAAUCGCCAUCAUUAUAUAUUAAUACAAGCAUACACACUAUGUAUAUGAUAUUAAAUGUGCAUGUUUUGCAAUAAAAUACAAUGUUUGGUCCUCUGAAAUAGAAGAAGGGUAAACAAAACACACACACAUCUCCACAAAGCGCUGAUCAAAUUCUAAAAACUACUAAUCCGUGAGCAGCUCUCCUCUCAAACUUUGACCGCCAGAAUUAACAAUAAGGACUGGCCGUCAAAGCUGAAAAGGCAGGCGUUCGUCACACAAACUGUGUUGAUUGUAUUUGAAUGUGUCGUAGAAAAGCCAAUGUUUUCCUCCUGUGUCCAAAUACGUCAACCCUAACCCGCUUCGUACUUAAAUGAAAAUUAAAACCAUCAUCGUCAGUAAACCAAACUAA